UUGCGUCGUCUUUGUUGGGCGCCCAACUACCGUAGGCCCUUGACUGUAAAUGGCCGACAUGAUCGGUGUACUCCUUACGUACAUGUACAUGUACUACUUUUUUACUAGUCUGUUCGACUACAACUGAGUACAAGACAUUUUAGAUAUUCCCUCGACUUUCCUCAUGCCUUGUCCCCUUACGAAUGUGAAGAACAUCAACAAACUUAACGAGAUUGAAGCUGAGUUGGGUGUCUCCGGGAGUAAAACAUCCUGGCAUGAACAGUACAGAGACAGUGCUUAUAUCUUCAUCGGGGGGAUGCCCUAUGACCUGACAGAAGGGGACGUCAUCUGUAUGUUUUCUCAGUAUGGAGAGAUAAUGAACAUUAACUUAGUCCGAGACAAGAAGACAGGCAAGUCAAAAGGUUACUGCUUUUUGGCAUAUGAAGACCAGCGAAGCACCAUUCUAGCUGUUGAUAACUUCAAUGGUAUCAAGCUUCUAGGUCGUGUUUUACGAGUGGACCAUGUGAGCAAUUACCGCAAACCUAAAGAAGAUGAAAACGAUGAUGAAAUCACUCAGCAGCUGAGACAGGAAGGAUGUGCCCCUAGAACUCCUCCAUCAGAAGAUGAUGAAGAGCGAGAGUAUCUGGUCCCUAAAAAGAAAAAUAAGAAAGAACACAAAACCAAACCCAAGUUACAGGACAAAAAGAAGAAAAAGAAGAAAAAGCACAAGAAGGAUGAAAAAUAUUCGUCCAAGUCACGUACAGAUUCUUCUGAUUCAGAGUCGAGUUACUCGGAGAAAGAUAAUUCACCAAGGAGGGUGGUGAGAGUGAAAGAAGAAGUAGACCGUGGGUAUCCACACUCAAGUGAGCUGAAGAUCAUUACAGAGCAAGGUUGGAAUGAUGGUCAUAAAAGACAUCAGCAGGAAGUUUCCCAUUGGCAAAAAGAGAAAGGGUGUUCUAGAGGUGAAGGCAGAAAAUGGCAGAGAGAAGAAAGAGUCGCAAACAGAGAUGAGGACUACUACAGACAUGGGGAGAGAUAUAGAUUAGAUACCAGUCGGCAUGAAAGUAACAGUGAAGAAAGAAGGGAUGGCAAAGACAAAUGGCAUGACAGAGGAUCACACAAUAGGGAGGACAGACACCCAGACAAGUGGAGUGAUAGAGAAGAUGCCAAAAGUAAGGAGAGGGAUAAAACCCAGGAAAGGAGAAGGGAAAAGGGGAAUAGUCAUCAGAGGAAUAAGAAAUACGAAAGAGAAGAUGAAAGGUUAGACACUGCCAGAAGCGAGAGCAAUUAUGAAAGAAGAAAACGUGAUCAGUCAAACGAGAAAGACGCACGUCGAGGAAGAGGCUCUUAUUAUGAGAGAGAUAGGCAUUAUGAGAGCGAUUAAUAUCAUGAGAUAUCACAAGACAGACUCAUAUCAUGAAAAAGAAGAUAAGAUUGGGCACAGAAUUGAGAUAUCUAGCUGUGACAGACUUCAUGUAUUUUGUUAAGCUGACAAAAGGAAAAGGUCAAGGAAAGAAAAAGAUGUGUAAAGCUUGCAGUAAACCAUUGUGCUUGACUGGUGCCCAUGCUAUCGCAUAACCUUGGAGCUAGCCCUCAAGGACAUAUGAAAAUCAUUUGAAGAAAUUGCAGAACCCAUGUAUUGAAUGAAUCAAAAAUCACUAAAAUUAGUUCCCAAUUUAUGAACUUGUUUAUAACAUUGAGUAAAAGUAAUAUUGUUUUCUUUUCAGAUUAUUUGCCUGUCAUUUGUGAAUAUUUUGAAUGUGUCGUUUGCUUUUCUAAAAAAAAUCCACCCUGAAAGGAAAUGCUCCCUCACUGGCAAAGGAGAAACAGGCUGGGCUGGCCGAAUGUUUUUCAUCUGGACCAUGAAGGUCAUACCUUCAACAUGAAUUGAGUUGCUGGUACUGUGCCUCACACCAUAUGCGUGUAAAACCUGUGUACUCGAACAUUGAGAUUACAACAAAAGACUUUCAUUUUCCCCUGCUCGGAGUUGUGUUUGUGUUCCUUCCUCCAUGAUGUGCAUGAAAUAUUUAGCUUCGUUAGGGUCAGAAAGAACUAUUAACAAAAUCAAAUACAGAUUGCGGCUUCAAACAGGUUGUGGACAGGGACGAUGAAUGGAAUUUGUUUUUUUAAUAACUUAGCCUAAUGCAUUGAUUAAAUUAAUUAAAAGAA